GUAAAAAUUUGUAACAACGAGUAGUAUCAAACCGUAAAUAUUUCCUAGGCGCGUUGCGUUGAGCUUAUAUCUUGUAGGGUCACUGAGAAGGCGCCACGCCAAGGACUACUAGCUUGGAACCCCGCCAAACCUCCUUUGUCCGUCGCGAGGAUAUAUCCACACAAGCUUCUGUUGUACUUAGAGCUAACAAUCCACCGCAAUGCGAUGGCCACCAUGGUCUUCGGACGCCGGAAACGAAGAUAGCAACAAGAAGCAACAGAUCGCCUGGGCUGAUACUCUCAAUGCCACCAAUUGGUCUAACUAUGCCAACCCGGAAACGGUGGUCCCAACUGUCGUGUUGACGGCAACAAUCCUGUUGAGCGUUCGCGUCUACCGACUAUACCUACGGCGUAUCCCCGAUGCGACUCAUGUACAACCCGGAUUCUUCAGGAAGAGGAGUCUGUUCGGGACUGUGACGAGGGUAGGAGAUGGCGAUAACUUUCACCUGUUCCAUACACCUGGAGGUAGAUUGGCAGGUUGGGGCUGGCUGCGAAAAGUCCCGGAGAAGGCAGCUGAUCUGAGAAAACACACCAUUGCUGUUCGCAUUGCCGGCGUCGACGCGCCCGAGGCGGCUCAUUUCGGUAAAACAGCACAGCCAUAUUCCGGAGAAGCUCUUACCUGGCUCAGGUCAUAUAUAUUGGGCCGGAGGGUACGAGCCCAUAUCUAUAAACGCGAUCAGUACGACCGUCUGGUAGCCACGGUCUAUGUCCGAAAUGGCCUAUUUCGACGCGACGUUGGACGAGAGAUGUUGAAAGCAGGUCUCGCGACGGUAUAUGAGGCGAAAUCCGGCGCAGAGUUUGGAAAGAAGGAGGAUAAUUACAGGAGCAUUGAGGCUUGGGCGAAGUCCAAAAAGAAGGGCAUGUGGGCCGGGUCACAGAAGGACUAUGAAAGCCCAAGAGAUUAUAAGACCAGGACAGGGGGAACUGAAGAACCAAAGGCCAAGCAGAAGAAACCUGUUAAGAGCAUCUUGUCAAGCAUAUUUGGGUCCGGGAAAUGAAGUUGAUUGCAGGGAGAGUCAACAUGUCCUGGCCCGAAGGCUUAACUUGCAGCGCUUCAGCUAUAACAAGCAAAAAAGGCAGAUGUUCGGUCAUUGGGAACGACCCCCUCCAGGACUCCGUAUGGGCUGGGAGACCAAGCAACGCUUCUCAGCCCGGAAUGAUGUCCCAAAUGGCUACCCUACUGCCAGCACUACGACCAGCCCUAUGAUGAAAGAAGGCCGCCUAUCACAAUAGUACGGUACUAAGCCCAUCACGGGACAUCCCUUUCACCCUCCAUGAAGAGACCAGGACCAUUGGAUGGAGUUUCAAAGUCUCCCUAAGAGUCCAUGGAGUUGAAACUACACGUGAUUCACCGAGGUUAUCAGACCAGUGCUGUUUGGAAAUAAUAUAAAGAGCAGAAUCUCAAUAAUAUGUAUUCUAACCAUCGCGUCUUUAUUUAUUCGGGUCAUGAACUCCAUAAAAUACGAUUAAUUUGAAGUUGUACUGUCCAUAUGUUCCGUAAGCUUCGACACAUGAGGCAAUAAUGAAACUUCAGGGACCCCUGGAAGGCCCAAUCACCC